UCCACUGCCCCCAUAAAACUUGUGCGCCGCCAGCCAGGCGAAGCUAAGCCACCUUGGGUGUCACAACUCUCUCUCACACACACACUAGCCAGGACAUCAUGAUGAGAGUCCCCAGCCUUGCACUGGCGAUCCUUGUCCUCGUCGCCCUCUCGGCCGCCACCGGUCGUCCGGCGGUCCUCGCGGCCAGGACCGCGGGCGUCCUUCUCGCCCCAACAAGCAGCCGCGGUGUCGACCAACCGCGGAGGCUCGUCGAGGCUGGCGGCAAUGGCGCCCCCGCCGCCAGCCUGGACGCCCCCGGGAAGCCCGUGGCGGCGGCCGGCUCUUCUCCGCCUCCGACGGUGUUCGACGCGGACCGGAUGAGCAAGCGGCGAGUCCGGAGAGGCUCCGAUCCCAUACACAACAAAUGCUGAGGAUUGGGCGGACCAAAUGAUGGCCAGACUUGAAGGGCCAGCCAAAUCUCUCUGUUUCCUCUUGCCCCUCGUUUUCUUCUUCUUCUUUCUUUGGCGCUUUUUUUCCCUCUCUUGAGGUUUGAGUCGUUCCAUUCCUUCUGGGGUUCAACCGGUUUUGUCAUAGAAAUACAUGUACAUAGAUGCCGAUGAAAGGAUGGGCGCAUGUGUACCUACUUAUUACUUGAG